GGAAGUGACGUAGGGCUCAAACGGCAACAACAGUUUUCCACGUGCGCGUAGGGCGCCAAAGUCAGGUGGGCCGGCGGGAGCCAAUGGGGAAAGGUUUCGUGUAGGUCUUCUCUAGAGGCGGUCGCGCAAGCAACAGGCUCCCGCCAGUAGUGAGCGGGCCGAGGAGGACGGAGGUUGCUCGGCUGUUGGAGGCGAGGUCGGAGCGUGCGCGGCCGGGGUGAGGGAGCCGGAGCCGGAGCCGGAGCCGGGCCGCCGCGGUGUGGAGAAGCUGCGUCGGAGCGCACGGGUUAUUAGAAAUGGCUACUCCACAGUCAGUUUUCGUCUUUGCAAUCUGCAUUUUAAUGAUAACAGAAUUAAUCCUGGCCUCAAAAAGCUACUAUGAUAUCUUAGGUGUGCCAAAGUCUGCCUCAGAGCGACAAAUCAAAAAGGCAUUUCACAAAUUAGCCAUGAAGUACCACCCUGACAAAAAUAAAAGCCCUGAUGCUGAAGCAAAAUUCAGAGAGAUUGCAGAAGCAUAUGAAACACUCUCGGAUGCCAAUAAACGGAAAGAGUAUGAUACAAUUGGACACAGUGCUUUUACUAAUGGCAAAGGACAAAGAGGAAAUGGAAGUCCUUUUGAGCAGUCAUUUAACUUCAAUUUUGAUGACUUAUUUAAAGACUUUAAUUUUUUUGGUCAGAACCAAAACACUCGGUCUAAGAAGCAUUUUGAAAAUCACUUCCAGACACGCCAGGAUGGUUCCAGUAGACAAAGGCAUCACUUCCAGGAGUUUUCUUUUGGAGGUGGACUGUUUGAUGAUAUGUUUGAAGACAUGGAGAAAAUGUUUUCUUUUAGUGGUUUUGAUACCACCAAUCGACACACAGUACAGACUGAAAAUAGAUUUCAUGGAUCUAGCAAGCACUGCAGGACUGUCACUCAGCGAAGAGGAAAUAUGGUUACUACGUACACUGAUUGUUCAGGACAAUAGUUGAAUCUUUUCUUGUUUCCACUAAGCCCACCUAGUUUAUUCUUCCUCACUAUGUCUGAUGAAAAAAAGUUUUCUGUGAACUAUUUUGGUAAAUGCAUGAUUUCACUUAUGUUAAGCAGUUUGUUAUAGGUAUUCCAUAUAUUGAAGUUCUUUAACAAAUUAAAACACAUUCAGCUAGUAGACAACUCUUAAUUAAUUUUCUUGAUUAGGAAAAGUUCUUUUGAAAAAUCAUUUGCAAGAUUUUUUUUUUCUUUUACCUGUCCUUUGGCUCAUUAAUUUGCCUCUACCCCCAAAAAGAAAAUUCCAAACAAAAUUCAGCCCAACAGAUACUGAACCAUUAAAUUUUAAAAGUUACCAUAGAUUUACAUUGUGUGAACUUGAAUAAUAUUUGCAGUGAAACCUCUGCGAAUUUAAAACUGCACGCCCUGUCGCCCCUGUGACUUGGGUUACUAAAUGUCUAUGAAGCUGUAAUUGAGUCAUUUAGUGAAGAAGACCAUUGUUUUGGCUAUUAGCCACUGAAAGCUUUAGAAAGUGAUGGUUUGAUGUUUACCACAGAAAGAUGCCUCUUCUACAGUAUAAUUGGUGUGAUGGGAAUGAUGUAUUGUACGUAGUUAAGCUGAAAAAGGUUUAAAACUUAGGAAAUAUUGCCAAGAAAUUGUGUUUUAGUACUGGGCUAAUGAUUUUGUAUGAUCAAAGUCAUAGCUUUCUAAACAUCUUUUUGAAUAUUUUUCUGUUUGUUGAUUUUCUAGGUCUUCGUAUGAAUUUGUUUUUUUGUUUUUGGUGUAUGUGUUUGUGUGUAGUUACUCUUUUGCACUUAUCUUUAUUUAGAGAUUGACUAAUACCUCAUUCUUUUUGUAAAAGCAGCCAGUAAUUUCUGUGCAACCUUAUUAUGUGCAAUAUUUUUAAAUUUUAAGAAAUGUAUGCUUUUGUUGUUAGAGUUAUUUCUUAGUUCUGCACUUUUCCAUGUUAUACUCCAUACGAGUAUUAAUCCUAUGGAUGCAUAUGAAAACUAGUAAUGUCUCAUACAACAUUGUGUGUGAGUCAGAGAAACUAUAAAUAUUUACAACCUGA